AAUGGCGACGAGCAGUGGAAGGUGUAGCGUUGAGCCACCACUUUUUGGCUCUCACAGUGGACAGGAUCCCAUUAAAGCCUUAUAUCCCAUGGUAAAUGAGGAGGAGACACCUCUUCCCAGAUGUUGGAGUAGCAAAGACAAAUACAGUUUCAUUGGUUUAUCGCAAAAUAACCUUAGAGUUCACUACAAGGGACACGGGAAGAAUCACAAGGAUGCAGCAAGUGUCCGCGCCACAAAUCCUAUUCCGGCCGCCUGUGGUCUGUACUACUAUGAGGUCAAAAUCGUCAGUAAAGGCAGAGAUGGUUAUAUGGGCAUAGGUCUUUCAUCACAAGGUGUCAAUAUGAACCGGUUACCAGGCUGGGACAAGAAUUCCUUCGGCUAUCACGGCGACGAUGGCCAUUCUUUUUGUUCGUCGGGCAGCGGACACCCCUACGGCCCUACCUUCACCACAGGCGAUGUAAUUGGCUGUGGUAUCAACCUUAUCGACAAUGUUUGUUUCUACACCAAAAAUGGCCAUUACCUUGGUGUAGCAUUUACAGAUUUACCGUCACAGUUAUAUCCAACUGUUGGGUUACAAACUCCUGGUGAAGUAGUAGAUGCCAACUUUGGUCAAGCGCCUUUUGUUUUUGAUAUUGGAGAGAUGAUGCGAGAGUUACAGUGCCGUGUGCGGACGACCAUCCAGAACUUCCCCGUCCCGGACACUUAUGGACAGUGGCAGACUAUGCUCCACAGAAUGGUGUCCACCUACCUAGUUCAUCAUGGUUAUUGUUCCACAGCUGAAGCCUUCGCCAGAUCCACUAGUCAAGACUUUGAUGAGGAACUGACCUCAAUAAAAAAUAGACAAAAGAUCCAGAAGCUAGUGUUGGGAGGCCGUAUGGGUGAGGCCAUAGAAACAGUGCAACAGCUGUAUCCUGGUUUACUGGAGAAUAAUCACAACUUACUUUUUAUGUUGAAGGUGCGGCAGUUUAUAGAAAUGGUAAAUGGUACGGACACCGAAGUUCGAGGAGUUUCAAGGUCUCCAUCUCGACCGCCCACACACGAGUCCUCUCCCUCACCUCCCUGUUGGUCCAAUGGUAGGACAACAGAUCCAGUGCCUGGCACAUCGUCCACUCCCCCAUCAUCCUCCACCACCUCCACACCCGUCAUCCAGCAGCACACAUCAGUCAUCCAGUCCACCAAGAACGUCAUAGGCAGUGGACCAACUUCAGCCUCGCCCGUCACCACCGAGGAGCUCAAUCAGCGCAACGCUCAGGAUAUCCGCGCCACAAGCCCGCCCAGUGCUACAAACGGCACCACUCCUGUUAUUCAUCCUCCCGCACCUUCCGGUUCCUCGUCGUCUUCGUCAUCGUCAUCGUCAUCCAAUUCGUCGUCAAAUAUGCACGACAGCGACACAGAGAUGGAAUGUAUGGAACCAAAUAGUCACCAUUUACAAGAGACUAAUAACAGCCUUGGAGACACCAGUCAUAGUAAUGGCUUCUCCAAUGGGUUUUCCAAAGACGUUGACAUACAGGAUGAGAAUGAGGAAGCAAUGGAAGUGGAGAACAGUCUGGGCAGCAGAAAAAUGUGUGGUGGCAACCCAGCAGCGAUAGAACGCAUGUUGGCCUUUGGGAGAGAAGUGCAACACAUGAGCCAGGUCCUACGGAGGGAGUUAGGCAAGAAUGAUCACAACAAGAAAAUGCUUCAAGACGCUUUCAGCCUACUAGCAUAUAACGAUCCAUGGAAUAGUCCUGUCGGGUGGCAGUUGGAUCCUCUACAGCGGGAACCUGUUUGUCAGUCUUUAAAUUCUGCAAUAUUAGAGUCUCACCAGCUGCCAAGAAGACCCCCACUAGAGAUCUGUGUGGCACACACGAAGCAGCUGAUCAAUUUGAUGUCUCGUUCGGGUCUUGGGUCGUGUGCCUUCGCCAGCGUAGAUUCUAUACUGGGCAGCCAACAGUGACACUCCCUUAGUGGGCCCUUUACUACUCUCUCAGGGGCCAUCAAGCCACUUAUCUCAUGUUUUGGACCGAAUUCCACAACAUUGUUUGCAAUCUGCUUGGCAAAGUCCAAAUCACAAGCAGUCAGUGAUCUUUUUGAGGGACGUACCCAAUCAAAUUACUGAUAAAAAUAGCUCAAGUGCAUCUUUUAUAAGUUGAGCUCAAUCGACACCUUGGAAUUCGGGACCUUUUCUCUUGCUCUGGCGUCAGGGAAAUGCUUCAUUAACCUCAAACGACUCUGGAAGAGAUAAUGUCUUCUGUGAGACGCUCAAGGUUUAUUGUACAUACAUUCACUUGUUCCCUUUAACUGUGGCCCACCACCACGCUCUCUCUGUGAUGAGGAAUGCUGCUAUGAGCAUGAAAACUUUUUCUAUGAGGUCGAUGAGGUGUAAUGACCCUUAAUGGAAAACCGAAGCUGCAGUUACCGGUCAUAUUACCGUUAACUUAAAGUAACAUUUGCUGUAUUUUUAUUGUGGGAGUGUGAAUCAUUUCCUUGACAAAGGAAGCGAUAGAUGUAGAUCUCUAAAUCAGAAAGUGGAAUGUUGACUUUAUUUUUACAAUUUUUCACUUUAAUUUAUUCCACACAUUUGUGAUGAUGCCAUUGUGUGAUGUACAGUCUUGGUUAUUGUUCAUAUUUAGUUACAAGCAAGUGAUUCUAGUUGAAUAUGUGCAUCAUGGUUAUGCCUUUACUAAGUUCUCAUAUUUAUUGUAUUUCCUUUUUGCAGAAUUUUAUUUUAUAUGGAAAGCAACUAUGGAACAGUCUUGAGUUUUAUCAUGACAUUGAAAAUAACAUUGGAAACUGUCAGGCUUAAGCAUCAAGGCAUCAGGUGGACUGUGUGGGCAGCUUGAGGUCACUUUCACAUUAAAUCAGCUGAUAAAGGAUUGGUGUUAUUAGGGAAAAAAACGUUAUUUCUAUUGCAUAUGAAGAGUUGUGAAGCAUUGCAUGGAUAAUGGAUUACAGUAAUUCGAUUCGGAUCAGCGGACAAAAUUCAAUUAAAGAGAACUGUAUUGUUUUAGAGUUGUGGGUAGAUGUUGUCUCGGCCAGAUGUUCGACGACCCGUGCGAACCUGAAAGUUCUCUCGUUGGGUCCUGAUCGCGAGUUACAUUAUAGUUUCAUUGUCAUCGGUGUUGCAAUACAAGAUCUCCAGAUACUGUACAUGCUUACAUCCAUGCGUCUCAUCAGGAGCUUAAUGUUGGAAUUUCUCUCAUUUUAGUUAUUUUAAAGUGUCAAUUAAACUACACAAAUAAUCACAUACAAUUUAGGGCAAUAAUAUAUGGAUUUCCCCCUCCCCAAAAUUUUUAGCAAGGACAAGACUCAGGGUAUAAAUAAUUAAAGAAUUACCGGUGUCCAUACUGCAGUACAGUUAGUGGGGUUUAAUAUUGGGUACAAUGUUCCCUUUACUGGGAGGUGUGUUCAUGUGCUGUUCUGGGUCCUUCACUUCUUCAUUAUGGUUACAUACUUCUCUGUGUUUAUUCUUAAAGGAAGAUAAUCCUUUCUGCCUGGUAAGACAUGAAACCGGAUUCAAUUGGGGAAUGAUGGUCAUUUUUAGUCUACAUUUAUGCCUCCAAAAUCAUAAUUUCUUCUUGAGGAAAAUAUGGGAUUGUAAUAUUAAGAGAUGGUUUGAGCAGUUACUAGAUAUUGUAUAUGUUCACAAAUUUACCUUCAGGCUUCUGUAGAGUUUUAAUCAUGUACUGUACAGUAGUUGGUUUUUAUUUUGGUCGUAAGUGAAGGUUUUGUUGUGCUGUGGUGCCACUCACUCAAAAUGAAAAACUUUUUAUCACAUUGUUGCUCUUCUUGUUUAAAUUGUUUGGAGUAAAAUCAGUUUUGGAUAAAAUAUCUUUAAAUAACAUUUUCGUCUCCAGAAGGUGCUCAUAACUUUUUAUUUACCAAUCAGUACAACCUCAUUCUUCUGCGAGUACAAGUUGAACGAUCUUCAAGAGACGAGAAUCAUAGGACUGGACAGUUUCAAGGUAUAAAAUACUUAAUAUUGCUUCUCAGUUGAGUCACAAGUAGAGUGAGCUGGAAUGUUUGUCUGUGUGGGAAAGAGAAUGGUAGAGGAGAAUAAUAUAUUUAGAAAGUUAUUCCGAGGAUAUAGUGCGAGUCGUCCUGAGAGAAACCCUGUACGUGCUUAUUCCUGUCGUCGUGAGUGUGAUUGAUGGUCGAAAGGUUCGGGAAGAGUUUGUUAUUUACUGCAGAAAGUUACUAGUUUAUGUUGUGGUGUAUGACUGGAGGACUAAACUUGACGAGCUGAAGCUGUUUUAAGAAGAAAGAGGAGAAUGCAUUAUAUUAUGACACCAUUAUUGUUACCCCUUUAAGUUUUCUUCCCUGUGAAUCACCUGCUUUAUUUAGACUUUUCCUUGAGUUCUUAAAAAGCUAAAAAUCUUCUUAAUUAUUAUCCGUUAUGACUGACUAUUGAGCAAAUAACACAGACAGAUAUUCAGUUUUAAUAGCAACUGUACCUAAAAAUCUAUAUAUAGAUGAACUCAUUAAAAAUACUAUUGUAAUGUUAAUGCAUUUUGCAGUGUUGCAGAUUCAUAGUCUUUGAUAAAUAAAUUAUGUAAUAGCAAAGGAUUAACUUAAAUACAUGAUAUUGAAAACC